AUGCUCACCUCGCACCCAGACACCAGCAUGCUCGAAGACACAGAGGCCAAGGACUCCUCGCGCGAGGCGUCAGAAGCUCCGCCCGCCCCGCUAUCCGACAACCCACUCGAUGCGCCCGACGGCCCACGCCCAGACGCAGAGGAUGCAGACGGCCAGGAAGACGAGGAGAUGGGCGGUCUCGACGACACCAAGAAAGAGAAAGAUGCUGAUGGCGCUGACGUCGCGGACCCAGAGGCACAAGCAAAAGCCGAUCUGCAAGCUGCUGCCCGCUCACAUUUUGUCACACAGACGUACGCGACCAUCAUCCCCAGCUACGCGACGUGGUUCGACAUGCGCUACAUCGACUACCGCGAGCGCAAGGCCCUGCCCGAGUUCUUCAACGGCCGCAACCGCAGCAAGACGCCUGCCGUCUACCGCGACUACCGCGACUUCAUGAUCAACACGUACCGCCUGAACCCCUCCGAGUAUCUCACCGUCACAGCCUGCCGCAGGAACUUGGCCGGAGACGUGUGCGCCAUCAUGCGCGUGCACGCCUUCCUCGAGCAGUGGGGUCUGAUCAACUACCAGGUCGACCCUCAAGAGCGCCCGUCCAACAUCGGCCCUCCCUUCACCGGCCACUUCAGAGUCACCGUAGACACCCCCCGCGGACUGCAGCCCUUCCAGCCUGGCCCAGGCUCAAAAGUCACAGAUGGAAAGCAGCACGCAGCCACAGACCGCGCUGCAAGCCAGCAGCCCACCGCCAAGACAGAGACCAAGUCCCUCGCCGGACGAAACAUCUACGAGGCAAACGGCAAGGAAGCGUCUACCGAGCCAAAGGACCGCACCAUCAACGGCGAAGGCGGCUCAGCAGACGUCAAGGAGCUCGAGGCUGCUGCGAAAGAACCACUCAAAGUGAUCAACUGCUUCAGCUGUGGCGUCGAGUGCACUCGCGUACACUUCCAUGAGACGAAACCAUCCGAGCAACCUGGACAACUAAAGAGUGCAGGCGGUCUGAAGCGCGAUCUCUGCCCUAGGUGUUUCGUAGAAGGCAACUUCCCCUCCGGAACCUCAUCAGCAGAUUUCGCAAAGAUCUCGAAUCCAGAAUACUCGGCAGUACCCGAAACUGAAGAGAAGUGGACUGAGGAGGAGACUCUUCUGCUGCUCGAGGGGUUGGAGGAAUUUGACGACGACUGGAACCGCGUCGCUGAUCACGUCCAAACAAAGACUCGCGAGCAGUGUGUGAUGAAGUUCCUGCAACUCGAAAUCGAGGACAAGUAUAUCGAAGCGGAUCUGCCACAGAGCGACUCUGCCGCACCGUCGACAAAAUUCCUCCGCGAUCUAGAGUACCUCAGCGAAGGCCGCGUCCCCAUCCACCACGCCGACAACCCCAUCCUAAGCGUAGUGAGCUUCCUCGCCGGUCUCGCCCCCGCAAACGUCACCGAAGCCGCCGUAGCCUCAGGCCGCAGCGUCAACGAAAUGAAGCGCAUCCUACAAGACAAGAUCAACAAAGCGCCCACGGCCCCGUCCGAAAAAGGCAAAGAAAAGGAAACCUCAACCGUCAAGCCCGAAGGCGCCGAUGCCAUGGACGUCGACACCACCCAAGACACAACCGUAGCCACCACCUCCUCCUCAGACAGCAACCCUCUCGUCACCCUCCCCUUCGCCCUCUCAGCAGCCCGCUCCUCCGCCCUCGCCUCCCACGAAGAACGCCACAUCACGCGCCUCGUCUCCGGCUCAGUCAACCUACAACUCCAAAAACUCCAGCUCAAACUCGCUCACUUCAAUGACUUUGAGAAACUUCUCGCCGCUGAACGUCGCGAUCUGCAGCGCAGGCGCCAGCAGCUGUUCAUGGACCGUCUGAACUUCCAGCGCCGGGUUCGCGCGCUCGAAGAUGCGACGAAGAAGAUCUCGGGCAAUUUGGGUGGCCAGGGUCUGCCGGGCGCGAUUAGCAAUGAGGAUGCUGUCCAGGCGCUGGUUGAGGCUAUGCGGGUUUUUGGCGUGGGGAAGGGAGAGGAUAGCGUGGGGGUUAAGCGCGGGAGUGUGGAUGCGGGGGUUGAGCCUGUUGGUGAGGGGGGGGAGGGGUUUGGGAGGUUGGAGAUUUAA